UUCCGGAUAAAAUUAAUGAUUUUGCUUACUGGGUAUUUGUGUUUUCUGUUUCUUGAGCUUUGUUUCAUCGGUUUCUUCAUAGUUCAGGAGCUUGCUUGCUUGUUGAGCUAUGGUGCCUCGGGUUUGGGUUAAUGUCUCCAUUUCUGCCUCUGGUUUUAGUUGUCUCGUGUUCUUAGUGAGAUUCUUGGCGGGUCAGAAGAUCGGGUAGUGCUUAAUCUGGUAGUUCUAUCAGUGUAUUUUCAGAAUCUUCUCAGCUUCUGGUGGACAGCUAAACAGCCGGUUUUUUCCCAAAAGUUGCUGCCGGUGGAAGAAUUAUUGGUAGAAAGGGUAUACCAAUUUACCUGUGAAGCCCUGUUUCAGUCCGAGAAUGAAAGUGGUUUAGUAAGAAAAUUUCUUGUAUCGGUUCUUCUGGCAUGAUGGACCCAUAUUCGGUUAGCUGUGAAAUGUCUAUUGGAAAUUCAACCAUCUCUCAGGGUGAGCAGUCCAAGAAUUUGAGCUUGAAAACGGGAAUAGUGCCUCUUCAAACUUCUUGCAAUUAUAAGCAGACGAUGACCUCUCAGUUUCAAGAUCAGGAGUCCUCAUCGACUCAGUCAACAGGCCAGUCUUAUUCUUACCCCGAAAUGCACCAAAAUGAUGAACUCAAUCGAUCAGGACAAGCUGCUGUUUCCGUGCAAACAGAAUGUAAUGCCAGUGAUCAGAAGUCUAUGGAAGGACAGGUGGAUUCAGCCGUUUCAGUGAUAUCCCAAGAGACAUUAUUUUCUCUGCCGCAGCUUGAUUCCAGACAGUCGCUUGUGUGCCCUCCUCUUCACAAUGCUGAACUGUAUUUCAGCGGCUUAAUGGCUAAUUAUGGGCCCCACCAAACUAUGCAGGUCCUGCACCCGAAUCUUAUGGGAAUGGGUCACCCUCGGGUUCCUCUGUCGUUCGAUCCAAUGAAAAACGAACCCAUUUAUGUCAACCCAAAACAGUAUCAUGCGAUUCUAAGGAGAAGGCAGCACCGUGCAAAGCUCAAGGCUCAGAGCAAACUCUCCAAAGAUCGAAAGCCAUAUCUUCAUGAGUCUCGGCAUCUUCAUGCAAUAAGAAGGCUUAGAGGAUCCGGCGGGCAGUUUCUCUCCACAAAGAAGCAUCAAGAAGAAUCAAGCCAACCUGCCUCGACAAUUGGAGGAUCAAAAAGUAGAGACAGCCAGACAUCGGUUAACAGAGACGUGGGCUCCACCAGAUCAUGCUCCGACGUGACAGCUGAGUAUAUAUUCCCAAACUCGAACUCGAGGUUCCCGGGUUAUGUGAGUGGCUCUUCUGCGAAUGGCCACAAGUGGUUACUCUGAUGUCAACCGGUUCGCCAGCAGGUUCAAUUCCAGAAGGAAUUGCUGCCGGUGAUCCCUGGGAAGUCAUCCUUGGCUCUUGUUAUUUUUCCUAAUUUGAAUGCAUCUUUUGUAAUGUUCCAUCAAUUAUGGUAGACCGUCAACAAUACGCACUCAGAACAGAGGCUUGUUUCGGGUUGAGUACACUAGAUUCAAAUUCAUGCUUAUUUCGAACAUUCGUUGGGCUUUCGUACCAAAAGAUAGUCAUCAAGGGCACGAGCCGCAAUUGAACCUGGACUCUUUGGUUUCUA